GUUAACAUGUGUUGACCUUUUGGCACAUCACCGACCUCCACAUGUCUGUGUGUGUUUGUAGAAACUGCACGUGAAAAUGAAGGAAAAAGUUCGAAAAGAAAGGCCUUUAGCCAACAAACAGGUUAAAUCAUUGCCGUGACUUUCCCCGUCCGUCGUCCGUCCUCAGCCUUGCCCUGGCUUCCCUGCGCGAGAGGAGGCCCGGGCCGAGGACCAGGCGCUGAACGAGGAAGGCGCGAAGGGUCUGGCUCCCUCCUUGUCACUGCCGCAGCUUCCCCGGUGCACACCCUCCUGCCAAGCCGGCGAAGCCUCCUCGCAAGUUGGCGGCGGAGGACUCCAGAGGAGGCGGCAUUGGCUCCGUAACUUUUCACGUCAUUUUCUACUCGGAGCCCCGGUUGCCGGUCCACGCAGCUUCCCCGGCAGAUCCCCAGGGCUCAUGGGGCGGGCGGAGAGCGGCUUGCAGCACUGAGCCGAACCCGACCGAGCCCGUGAUGUCCAGCACCAAACCGGAGCACGCUUUCCUCCCUCGCCGCAACUGGUCCUCCGCCUCGGAGCUGAAUGGAACUCAGGAGCCCUUUCUGAGCCCCACCGACUAUGACGACGAGGAAUUCCUGCGGUACCUGUGGAGGGAGUACCUGCACCCCAAAGAGUACGAAUGGGUCCUGAUCGCCGGCUACAUCAUCGUGUUCGUGGUGGCGCUAGUGGGGAACGUCCUGGUUUGUGUGGCAGUGUGGAAGAACCACCACAUGAGAACAGUAACCAACUACUUCAUAGUCAAUCUCUCUCUGGCCGAUGUGCUUGUGACGAUCACGUGCCUCCCAGCCACGCUGGUGGUCGACAUCACGGAGACCUGGUUCUUUGGACAGUCCCUCUGCAAAGUGAUUCCUUACUUACAGACUGUGUCGGUGUCUGUGUCUGUACUCACGCUGAGCUGCAUCGCCUUGGACCGGUGGUACGCCAUCUGUCACCCCCUGAUGUUCAAGAGCACAGCCAAGCGGGCCCGGAACAGCAUCGUCAUCAUCUGGAUCGUCUCCUGCAUCAUAAUGAUUCCUCAGGCCAUCGUUAUGGAGUGCAGCACCAUGCUGCCCGGCUUAGCCAACAAAACUAUGCUCUUCACAGUCUGUGACGAGCGCUGGGGAGGUGAAGUUUACCCCAAGAUGUACCAUACCUGCUUCUUUCUGGUCACCUACAUAGCCCCUCUGUGUCUCAUGGUGUUGGCUUAUCUGCAGAUAUUCCGUAAACUGUGGUGCAGACAGAUCCCCGGGACGUCCUCGGUGGUGCAACGGAGGUGGAAGCCCUUGCAGCCGGCCUCGCAGCCUCGGAGCUCAGCAGCGCAGGCCAAGUCCCGGAUCAGCGCGGUGGCCGCAGAGAUAAAGCAGAUCCGGGCCAGACGGAAAACAGCGCGGAUGCUGAUGGUGGUGCUGCUCGUGUUUGCGAUCUGUUACUUGCCAAUCAGCAUCCUCAAUGUGUUAAAGAGGGUGUUUGGGAUGUUCACUCACACAGAAGACAGAGAAACUGUAUAUGCUUGGUUUACAUUUUCACACUGGCUGGUCUAUGCCAAUAGUGCUGCGAACCCAAUCAUCUAUAAUUUUCUCAGUGGAAAAUUUCGGGAGGAAUUUAAAGCAGCAUUUGCUUGCUGUUGCCUGGGAGUUCACCAUCACCCGGAGGAUCGGCUGGCGAGGGGGCGAACCAGCACUGAGAGCCGCAAGUCCCUGACCACCCAGAUCAGCAACUUCGACGUGGUGUCCAAGCUAUCUGAGCAGGUGGUCCUCACCAGCAUAAGCACACUCCCCUCGGCCAAUGGGGCGGGCCCGCUGCACGACUGGUAGACUCUUUGCUCCCCUGCCAACAAUACCCAAGUCAAGCUAUUCUUUUUUAAAAGCUCUCUAUACCGAAUUUUAUUAUCUUAAUGAUCUGAAGCUAAAAUGCUUGUCAAUCCAUUUUUUAAUAAUCGAUUGCUCUUUGGAAAUAAAAAAAAGUCAGUUUAAAAUCAUUUCUCAACUUUUGAAUUAAAUAUGUUAGAAGUUUUACCUCCACCUGAACUUAUUUCAGCCUAUUUCACUUUUAGCUUCAUGUAUUAAAAUUGGUGUGAAAUAUUUUGACAUUUUUAGUUAUUUUUAGAAUCAAUCUCUUGUUAUUUUAAUCUCACACAUUCAGAUUGGUUGCUAAAAGCCACAAACAUUUAGGCAGUGGUUGUCUUUUGGCUGCUAAAAUAAGUAACAAUUACUAACUCCCAGUUAACAGCACACUUAUUUUAGUUGACUUGUUUUUUAAAAGUCACAAAAGACUGUCAUCUGAAAGAAUAUUUGUAUAUUAAGUAGCAUAUUAUGUGAGAUAAUGCAAAAGAUAUCUUUCAAAACUACAUGAAGUAUACACUAUUUAACUU